GAUGAAUGGGAGUAGAGAGAGAAGCGAAAAGUUUUUUCUUUUCCAGAUUUUCCUAUCCUUUUUUCAAGAACCCAAGAAACUUGUGUUAAAUAGUUUUUCGAAUAUUUUUGAUAGCCCGGAGAUUCAGAAACGAAAAGAUGCAAGUGCCACCAGUAUUUAUUGACAUCGCUUUGGAAGAUCAGACUCAAGAACUUCGAGCUUAUCUAAAAAGCUUGGGAGCAGAAAUUUCAGAAGAAAGGUCUCCUAAAGGCAUCGAAGAUGAUCUACACAAAAUUAUUGGAGUUUGUGACACUUGCUUCAAAGAAGGCAACGAAGCCGAGGUUGAACUUGUCCUCAAUGAUAUUGUAUCCAUAAUGGUUCUUGUUUCACCUGAAAGAGCUGAAAAUAUAAUUUUAGCUUUCUGCGAAAAAUUAACAAAAGCUCAUGGACAAAAACUUGGAGAAGUUUGUUCAAAAGCAUUAUGGUUGUUGUAUCAAUCUCUGGACGAAAGAUCGCCAAUGAGGUAUCCAGUUUAUUACCAUUUGUUGUUGAUUGCAAAACAAACGGACCAAAUUAAGGCAAUUUUCCAAGAUAUUGAACAGUUGAAGCAGCAAUUUAGCCACUGCCCACUAUCCAAUGAAGAAUUGCAAAAAUUGUACAGGCUCUUACAUGAAGUUUUGCUAAGGAGCAAUCAAAGUGAGCAAGCUGCCAAAGUUAUGAUUGAACUCUUAGGCACCUACACAGACAAAACUGCGUCUCACGCAAGAGAAGAUGCUAUUUGCUGUAUUACCUCAGCUAUCGCCGACCCCAAAACAUUCCUUCUUGAUCCUCUCUUGUCACUAAAACCUGUUCAUAUUUUAAAGGGCCAACUUAUUCACGAUCUCUUGAAUAUUUUUGUCAGCGAAAACUUGACUGCUUAUUUGAAGUUUUACAAAGAGCACAAGGAAUUUGUCAACAACCAAGGAUUAAAUCAUGAACAAAACUUACGCAAAAUGAGGCUUUUGAGUUUUAUGCAAUUGGCUGAAACAACUCCAGAAAUCAGUUUUGAGGCCAUUGAGCAAGAGUUGCACAUUAAAAAGGAAGAAGUUGAGGCAUUCAUUAUUGAAGUGCUGAAAACAAAGUUGGUUAGUGCUCGCAUGGACCAGUCAGCAAGAAAAGUGUUCGUCACCAGUACCAUGCACAGAACUUUUGGAAGAAGCCAAUGGCAACAGUUGAAAGAUUUGCUUUCCUCGUGGAAAAAUAAUUUGGCUGUUGUCCAAGAAGGAAUGAAGUCGGUUACUGCUGCCCAAGUAGAGCUUAUGCAGCAACAGCCUCAAGCUGUUUAGUAAUAAGUUUUUAAUAAAUAAAAGCUUUAUCAUUCUUUGGAUAUUUUUUAUAAUUUAUUAUAAUGUCUUAUCUGUA